AUGGGCAAAUUAACUGGCACCAUGAGUAUUCUUUUGUUGUGUGCGAUCAUCUGCAAAAUUCUAAUUUACGCUAUAUCAGAAAGUGCUGAGCUGCAAUGUACAGGGUCUGAAUCUGGGCCUUCUUAUGAAUCCCUGCAAAGUGUGUUUGAUAAGAAGUCAUUUCGUCCAACUCUGAAUUACAGCCGACCAACUAGUGUGAAUAUAUCAUUUACAAUCUAUGCAGUGCUUGGAGUGGUAAGAGCUUCUUUUGUUUGUUGUAAAAUAAGAAAAAAUCCUGGAAAUGAUUUGCAACAAAUAUUAUCUUCCUUUAGAAUGAAAAAUCGCAGAUUCUCACCACUUUCCUGUGGGUCCGUCUGGGUUCCCAGAGCCUGGAAAGUUAUUUUUUGGCAGCAUGAGUUCCUGACCUGGACACCAGCAAAAUGUGGAGCUGUUGAGAAAAUCUCUCUUCCAGUAGAAUACAUCUGGACACCUGACAUAAUAGUCUACGAAUUCAUUGAUGAGGAUAAAUCACAGCGCACACCAUUUGUUUAUGUAAAUCACACAGGACGUGUCAGAUAUGACAAAAUGCUUCGCGUAGUCAGCUCAUGCAAUCUUUGGAUCUUCAAUUUCCCAUUUGAUGUUCAAAACUGCUCACUAACCUUUGGCUCUUACAUGCACACAGUGAGAGAUGUGCGGCUUGGACUGGCUCUUCCAGUAGAGCAAAUUCUUCAAAACUCACUUCAGUACCUUGAGACCAGUGGAGAGUGGGAACUCCUCAGAAUUGAAGGAAACCCUGAUAUUCUGAAAUUUGGCGUUGAUGAAUGGGAUGUAAUCACAUUCAGGGUGGUGAUCAGACGCCGUCCUAUCCUGUAUGUGGUGAAUCUGCUCGUCCCCAGUGCCUUUCUGAUGUUGAUUGACAUCCUGAGCUUCUUCCUUCCACCACACAGCACUGACAGAGCCUCCUUUAAGAUGACGUUGCUCUUGGGAUACACUGUGUUUCUGCUCAUUAUGAAUGACCUGUUACCGAGUACAGCCAAUGGUACUCCAUUGAUUGGUAUUUACUUCUCAGUUUGCCUGGCUUUGCUUGUGCUCAGUUUGCUGGAGACAGUGAUUAUCACUCAUGUACUGCAUCGUGGAACGCUGAGUGGCUCGGUGCCAAGCUGGGUGAAACGCUUUGUCUUAGGUUUUCUAGCUCAGCUAGUCUGUUACUCUGAUGCACCUAUCAGUGAUGAAAACCCUAUCACUAAUAAUAACAUACUCCAUCCUACCAAUGAAAAUGAUGCACCAAGAAUGGCGCCACCCAGUCCUUGCCAUGACAAAGUUAUUAACACAGUGAAUAGUAUUUUCCGGGGCCUCAUAUGGAAAGAUAGGACUCCUAGGAUUAAACUGGAACACCUACAGAGACCUAAAGAUGGCGGGGGAUUGGCGCUACCAAACCCCCGGCUGUACUAUUUGGUGGCUCAGAUGCAGCAGCUGGUUGGUAUGUUUCGGCCGGCGGUGAGAUCCUCGGCUCAGAAGCUUAUGGAGCACACCGUGGGUGGAAGUCCGAUCCCUGAGGCAUUGGAGGCGCAGGCCUUUGCUAAACCGCACAAGAAGCUCCCCACUUUUAGUUUAAUCCAGAAGGACCCGAGGGCUUGUCUCUUGGGGGCUCUGGAGGAGUACGAGUGGGAGGAAGCGGACAGAGAGGCGAUACACAGGGUUCUGUUCCAAGCAAGGAAACUUAUUAUGGUUCGCUGGAGGGCUGAGGCUCCUCCGACUCUGGCUGAAUGGAUUAAUAAUAUCGGGCUGGUGCUGAGGAUGGAGAAAAGCACAAGGAUUUCUCACUACCAGUGCUGGAACUGCUCCCACCAGAAGCUCUGUACCCUGGUGCAGAAAGGCAACUGGGAGUUAUCAGCCAGAAUCUUCGUAUGGUGA